AUGUCGAAGGGGGCCGUAAUUAAAAGGGCUGCAUCCACCAAUAGGCGUCUAGCGACUGUUUCUUUCAAGUCUCGUUUAUUUACUCAUCUUACCAUGUUCGCUAGAGCACUUCGAGCAGAAACGCGCAGUCGCGCAAGGGAUGAUAAUAGAAGAGUUCACAAGUCAUCGGAAAAGGUUCAAAGAUGGGAAAAGAAAUGGGUUCCUGUUAAAGAUACGUCGAUGCUGAUCUACAAAUGGGUGCCUGUUGCUGAAGAUGAGCAUGCACAGCCGAAGAAGAGCGGAUUCGUCCGAGCUCAAGCCAACGUCCUUCCUCCCACUGGUGGAAGCAUAAUUACAAUGUCGUCUCGUCCUCCUGAAUUACGAACAGAAGACCCCCCUCCAAACGAAAAUAUUUCCGACAGAAUGCCCAAGGUGGAAACGUCAAGUGAAACAAGUAACGAUGCUGACGUAAAAGAUGUUAGUGGCGGAUUGGCAGCAGACGUACCCGUUGACCUCACUUCAGUGUGA